AUGUUUCUGGCUGUAUCAAAGUUUUCAACGCCUAGCAUCAGUAAUUCUGCAAUUGGAUUAAUCACCAAACACUUAUACUCCACUAGUAUCAAGAUGAAAACAUACGAUGAAGCCGUCAAUACUUUAAAUAAUCUUCAAACCAACUUCGCCACAAUUCAGCAGGUGAGGUUGUCAGGAAACAAGAACAUGGAUACCUUGUUGCAAAUGUUUGAAUAUUCCAAAAGAAUCGGCUACGACGCCGCAGAAUACGACAAAUUGAAUCUUCUUCACGUCACCGGAACUAAAGGUAAAGGGUCCACUUGUGCAUUCAUUCAUUCUUUAAUAUCUCAGUACAAGAACUGUACCGAUAAAGUUACCAAAGUCGGUCUUUAUACUUCUCCUCACUUGAAAUCUGUCCGGGAAAGAAUUUGCAUUGAUGGUAAGCCGAUUUCCGAAGAGAAAUUUGCCCAAUACUUUUUUGAAGUUUAUGAAUUGUUGGAAAACACGAACGAUGAUCCAAGUGUUACUACCGAGUUAACGAAAGAUCAAAGACCAGCGUACUUCAAAUUUCUUACUCUUUUGUCCUUCUACGUGUUUAUGAAAGAAGGGGUUGAUGCUGCGGUAUACGAGGUUGGUAUUGGUGGCGAAUUAGACUCUACAAACAUCAUUCACAAACCAAUUGCUUGUGGGGUUUCUUCUAUUGCCCUCGAUCACACAUUUGUUCUCGGAAAUACUGUCGAAGAGAUUUCCUGGAACAAAUCAGGGAUUUUCAAAAAUGGUUCAUCAGCCUUUUCCGUAGUCCAACAACCUGGUAGUGAGAAAGUGUUGAGGGAAAGAGCUGCUGAAAAAGGAUCCAGUUUUGAAGUUGUUGAUAUUCAUCCUUUGCUCAAAGACAAUAAUAUCAAAUUGGGGGUUGAUGGGGAUGUCCAAAAAAUCAAUGCUUCCUUGGCUUUGGCAAUGUCGUAUAAAUUUUUGAAACAAUUGGAUAUUCCAAUUUACGAAGACAGACCUAAUAGCGAGGUUCCUGAUACUAUUAAAGAAGUUACCGAAUUCCCGGGAAAGAUUUUAGCUGGGUUAGCUAAGGCUCAUAUUGAUGGGAGAUCUCAAACUUUACCAGACUCCGAGCUCGAGAACUUGACUUGGUACAUUGAUGGAUCCCAUACUGUGGAAAGUAUCCAUAGAUCAUCAAACUGGUGGAAAACUACAAUGUUAGCAAAAAAGGAAAAAACCCCAGAAAAGUUCAAUGAUUCAAUUAAAGUGGUAUUAUUCAACCAACAAUCGAGAAAUAUCGAGGAAUUGCUUACGGAGCUUUACAAGACCUUGGAAGAUACUGUUGUUUUCGAUCAAGCGAUUUUCUCUACAAAUGUAACGUGGGCUAACAACAAAUAUGAUAUCAAUUUAGUUAGCAUGAAUGUUGAUGAUAAAAAAGUUGAUGAAUUGGAAAUGCAGAAGAGAUCUGCCAUCACAUUCGAGACUUUGCAAGCAGAAACUAAUAAAGAAAAGAAUACCAAUGAAAUCACGAAAAUAAACGUGCUACAUGAUAUUGAAACAGGGGCCAAUUUGGUCAGAGACCUUGCCAAACAGAAUCCAGAAAAGGAUAUUGAUGUUUUUGUCUGUGGGUCUCUACACUUAGUAGGUGGUUUGCUUGUUGUUUUGGACGGUACUAAAUGA